CCAGGAAGCUGGGCUAGAUGAGGCAUGGGUUGGAUCGUCUGGUGGUUCCUCAGUCCUAUGCUCCCAAGGGAAGGAGGCACAGGAGGGAAUAGUGGAGGGCCAAUCUCUGUGCUCUCUCGGUCUCAGUGCCUGGAAACUCCUCCCCAUCCUUGUGGGUUUUUCUUUUUGGUGACCUUGGCAGAUUUGGCUUCCUGCCAGUGGCUUUCAUGUUCCUCUUAUAACCCCUUGGCCCCGGCAUCCUGCUGAGGAUUCUGUCCCCAUCUGGACCGCCCUGAGGCUCUUCCACACCAGCCUGUGGGAGCAGAGCAGCUGCAGGAAUGGCAGCCUCUUGCCGUCUCAAACCCUUGAGCCGUGUGGCGGUGAGUGGGGGCACCCAUGGCAACGAGAUGUCGGGCGUCUACCUGGCCAAGCACUGGCUGCGGGACCCCAUGGAGCUGCGGCGUGGCAGCUUUGCUGCCACGCCCUUCCUGGGCAACCCGCGUGCCAUUGAGAAGUGUGUGCGGUAUGUGGGGCGGGAUCUGAACCGCACCUUCACCACAGAGUUCCUCAGCUCCGCAGAGGCAGAGGAUGAGCCCUACGAGGUGGUCUGGGCCCGCAAGAUCAACCAGACCUACGGCCCCAAGGGCUCAGCCCAGGCCUUUGACUUCAUGUUUGACCUGCACAACACCACGGCCAACAUGGGUGCCUGCCUCAUCGUGGACUCAGAGGAGAGCCUGCUGCCCAUGCACAUGUGCCACUACAUCCAGACGCACUACACACGGAGCCCCUGUCCCAUCUACCUGUACAAGUUGCCAGGCGAGGAGACUUACUCUAUCGACUCGGUGGCCAAAGCCGGGCUAGCGCUGGAGCUGGGGCCACAGCCCCAGGGGGUGGUGAGAGCUGACCUGUUUGCUCAGAUGAGAGCCCUCAUGGCCUGCGCACUGGACUUCAUCGAACUCUUUAACAAGGGCACAGUGUUCCCUGCCUUUGAGAUCGAAGCCUACAAGAUCACUGGGCGCAUGGACUAUCCCCGCUACCCUGACGGGGAGAUCUCGGCCAUGGUGCAUCCCAAGCUGCAGGAUAAGGAUUUCCUCCCCUUGAAUCCCGGGGACCCAAUCUUCCAGACCUUCAGUGGGGAGGAGAUCCUGUACAGUGACACCACCAUCUACCCAGCCUUCAUCAACGAGGUUGCCUACUAUGAGAAGAAGGUGGCCUUUGCCAAGAUGGAGAAGCACAGGUUCUCCAUCCCUAGUCUGCAGACAGAAUGAGCCAGGUGGGCCAUGGGCUAAGAGGGAAUAAACAGAGACUGAAUGGA